AUGUUAUCUCGAUUCCCGACAGACGGUCCUACGUUGGACGAGGACGCGUUGGAGGAAAAUUUGGUUGGUUUUCCAACGAGUAACAUAGUGGUCGGAAGUAGAGAACCAGAACAGAUUUAUCAUAUUCAUCCGAACUCGAGUAACUCGAGUCCCAUCUCCCUUCAGACAUUAAUUGAUUGGCAGGGUGAGGACCCCAAGAUCCAAGAGAUUGUGUCCAACUUUACGUCAGAUAGUCCGGCGUGUAACACGCGACUAAAUCGACUUGAAAAAUUCGAUAAUCUGAUUUAUGAGGAGGGUCUCCUUAAGAAAAGGAAAGUAGGGAAUAUUUCGGAUAAUACGAUGAAGUACAUGGUGGUGGUACCCGUUGACAAACAGGAGCAUAUCUUGUGGCGUUAUCACGACCACGUCCUGGCGGGACAUCCGGGAUGGAAAGAGACAUAUAGGGCGAUAACAAAUAGGUUUUAUUGGAAAUCGGUACGGGAGUCUACCCGGCGCUACGUGGCAGCUUGCCACAUAUGCGAGUGUACCAAACCAUUAGAUAACAAAAUCGAUGUCCCGUUACGUCCUAGAAAACCAACCCAACAAUGGGAAGUGGUUAGUGUCGAUUUGAUGGGACCUUAUGCACGCACAAGUCGGGGUAAGACCAACAUCCUAGUAGCCACGGAUUGUCACAGUAGGUGGGUCGAAGCGUAUCCCUUGGGGGCGGCAACAUCCGCCGUGAUUAUCCAAACCUUGGAAAGGGAGUUGUUCGCAAGAUUCGGUUACCCACGGGUGCUAUUAAGCGACAAUAUCCCUCAGUUUACCUCGGACGUGUGGACAAAAGCACUCGACCGAUGGGGGGUGGAGGGUUGGACUACCCCAGUAUACCAUCCGAGGGCUAAUCCGGUAGAAAGGCGUAAUCAGGAGCUGAAAAAGGGCCUUCGGGCACUAUUGGUGAACGAUAGUCAUCGUUCGUGGGACCAGAAACUCUCCGCGGUUCUGUUUACAUUUUACCGGAAGAACGACAGGACCGGCGUUUCACCGUCAGUUUCGGUGUUUGGACACAAAACCAAAAGUCCGGGAGAUUGGGCACUAAUCGUGAAGUCCGAUAGUACGCCGCGGGUUCCGGCAACAUUGGACAUCAUUACGGUUGCCGAGAAAUCGAAGGAGAACCAGCGAGCGUUUGCCGCCGGGGACCAGGUUUUCGUUAAGGCACACCCACUUUCCAAAGCCGAUCAGGGUUUCCACGCGAGGGCUGCACCGGCGAGUCCACCGGCACCGACGGACCGUCGGCCCAUACCGGGGCCAGUCCGCCACACACAGCGGACGGUCCGGAAGGCGACCAAGGCGCCAACGGCGAAGCCACAACCGCGGCCGACACGCGCAGCACAGGGACCAGCGCUGGCCAGUGCCUUGCCACCGGUGCACAGGCGUCCAAGCCAGCAGCAACGCCGGAGGCUGCCGACCGUCCAGCCGCGGCCACAGCCGGCAACUGCCCAACCACGGGCACAGCCGCCAAUCGCCCGACCACGGACACAGCCGCCAACCGUCCGACCACGAACGCAGCCGACGGCUGUUCAACCGCGGGCCCAGCCGCCAAACGCCCCACCACGGACACAGCCACCGCCUCCAGCCCCGAUCCCGGAACGGCAGCCGGAAACCCCGGUGGACGCUAUUCCCCGGGAGGGGACCCCGAGCGUAGACGAGGAUGCUUGUCAGGCCCCCCCUCCAACGGUCGUGUCACACGAACCAAUGGAGGUGGGCGGUGACGACAUCUUUGUCGAUAUCGAGGCCCUAUACCAAGAAUAG